GCAGGCGCACGUCCCGCGACGGCUGCCGCGCUCUCCUUUGUGGCGGCCGCGCACCUUCUGUGGGAGGCGGGUCCGGCCGGCCGCGCGUCCGUCAGCCCGUCCGCGCCGGGCCCGCGUGCCGCCCCCGCCACCCCCAGCUCCGGGCGGCCGGGCCCGAGGCGUGGCCGGCCCGCGCGGGCCCGGGAAGCGUGGGGGAGAUACGCGCGGGCGGAGCGCGCGAUGGGGCGAGAGCGCGGCCCGGGGCGCGGGGCGCCUGCGGAGCCGGCCUGAGCCCGACCCGACCCCGCGGGGCUGCGCGAGGGUCCUGGGCCCGGGCGGCCGCCGGCGGAGCGCGCCAUGGAAGCCCCGGAGCCCCGGGAGGCAGCCGCGUCCUCUCGGGCCCCUGCCCUUCUCAGCGCGACUGCAGCCGACGAGUUGGGUCCGGGGCUGCCGGAAGCCAGCUCCCAGAAGUCGGUGACUUUCAAGGAUGUGGCCGUGGACUUCACCCAGGAGGAGUGGGGCCAGCUGGACUCCCCUCAGAGGGCUCUGUACCGGGAUGUGAUGCUGGAGAACUACCAGAACCUUCUCGCCCUGGGGCCUCCGGUCUGCAAGCCGGACGUGAUCUCCCACCUGGAACGAGGUGAGGAGCCGUGGUGGGCGCCCGGAGAUGUCCUCGGAGGGGCUGGUCCAGAUCCGGAGCGGGAGCGCGGGCCGGAGCCGGAGGAGCCGUGGUCUCGGCAGCCGCGCGUUUACAAGGAAGAGCCGUCGUGGGAGCCGAGCGCGGACGGGCUGGUGACGCGGGGCCUCCGCAGCCCGGGUGCCGGCGAUGGGGGCGCCCGGGGGGGCCCGGCGACGGCGCUGUCGCGCGGUGAGGCCGCCAGGGACGGCCCGGCAGAGGAGCAGCCCCGGGGCCGCGCGGCCUCCGAGGGGGCUCUCGGCCGGAGGCGCGCGCCCCUGGCCCAGCCCCUCCUCCCCGCCGCAGCCGGCUCUGCGGACGGCCGCCCGGGGCGCGUGCGGUCCGGCGGGGCGGGGAGCGGCCCGUUCGCCUGCGGCGAGUGCGGGAAGGCCUUCCAGCGGAGCGCAGCCCUGGCGCUGCACCGGCGGCGGCACGCGCGGGAGAAGGCCUACACGUGCGGCGAGUGCGGCAAGGCCUUCCCCUGGAGCACCAACCUGCUGGAGCACCGGCGCGUGCACACGGGCGAGAAGCCCUUCCUCUGCGGCCAGUGCGGCAAGGCCUUCAGCUGCCACUCGUCCCUGAAUGUGCACCGGCGCGUGCACACGGGCGAGCGGCCCUACAAGUGCGGCGCCUGCGACAAAGCCUUCAGCUGCAGCUCGCUGCUGGGCAUGCACCUGCGCGUGCACACCGGCGAGCGGCCCUACCGCUGCGGCGAGUGUGGCCGCGCCUUCAACCAGCGCACGCACCUGACGCGGCACCGCCGGAUCCACACGGGCGAGAAGCCCUACCGGUGCGGCGCGUGCGGCCGGGCCUUCGCCUGCCACUCGUCACUGACGGUGCACGAGAAACUGCACAGCGGGGACAAGCCCUUCCAGUGCGGCGACUGCCAGAAGGCCUUCAGCAGCCGCUCGCGCCUGACGCUGCACCAGCGCGCCCACACGGGCGAGAAGCCCUUUGAGUGCAGCCAGUGCGGCAAGGCCUUCAGCUGCCACUCGUACCUGGUGGUGCACCAGCGCGUGCACAGCGGCGAGAAGCCUUUCCGCUGCGACGAGUGCGGCAAGGCCUUCAGCUCCCACUCGUACCUCAUCGUGCACCAGCGCGUGCACACGGGCGAGAAGCCGUUCGACUGCAGCCGCUGCUGGAAGGCCUUCAGCUGCCACUCGUCCCUCAUCGUGCACCAGCGCGUCCACACCGGCGAGAAGCCCUACAAGUGUGGCCAGUGCGGCCGUGCCUUCAGCCAGAAUCACUGUCUCAUUAAACAUCAGAAGACGCACGCCGCGGAGAAGCCCUUCAAGUGUCACGAGUGCGGCGAGGUGUUCGGCUGGAGCGGCCCCCUGGCGGAGCACCGCAGGCUCCACGGCGGGGAGAAGCCCUUCGCCGUCCCGUUUGACAAGCACUUGCUGAGUGCCUACUAUGUGCCAGGCGGCCUGCUGGGCGCAGGGGGCUCGGGGGGGAGCGGCGUGGGCCCUGUGGAAGCCCUAGACGUGGCUGAGCUCCUGGGCGUGGUCCCGCCCGCGGCCGGCAGGAGUUUCCCCCUGGGCAGCAGCCCCGGAGAUUAACUCAUGUGUGCGAGGACCCACCUGCCCUCCUGGAAACGCCCCUUACAGGCCCUCACCUCCCGGGAAGGGGUCCGCGGUGUUAGAGGAGACUUGAGGCUGCUCGAGGAUGUCCCGUCAUCCUCCCUUCCUUGGUUGGUUUGGAAGUCGCUUUGGGUGGAAGAGAUCUUUCCUGCAGAUGAAAAGGAGGUAUUUCAGUCGUGUGUCCUUGGACAGACUCCUGGUGUGAUUUUGAUCUGGAAUUUCCUCUGUGAGCUCAUGUUUGGAAUGAUAAUUUAAAAACAAAAACAGGAGAAUAAUGAACAGUAUUACUUCUAAGUGAAUGUCACUCAAGGUGGGGAGAACAGUAAGUUCAGGUGGCGGGCAUUUGUGGAAAAGUAAAUUUCCUGGACUCACUCACGUAGCUCUGCUGUAGAGUCGUGUGUUCGUGACAGCACAGCCGGCCCAGAACCCGGCCCACCGUCCACGUAGCAGGGUCCUGGUGUGCCAGCCUCGUGUCUGGCCACCCCGUCCACGCUGGCAGCUGGGAGGACACAGGCAUGUGCCCGCAGGGUGCCGUGCCAGCAGACGGGUGUCUGGAAGCAGACCUCCACCCCGGCUGGCGAGGCCGCCUGCAGGGCUGCUCGGGCACCGCGUCGCUCAGCCCCGUGAGAGGAGACGCGCCCCCUGCUGCCGGGAGAGGGAGAAAGACAGCAUUCGUCUGGAUGCCUGUCGUUUCUGCUCAGUUCUAAGCAGAUAAAAGCUGCCUUCUCAGUGAUGAUACUUCACACGUGUAUGGAGUGCUAGAGUACGAAAUGCUUCUUAGAACACUUUUUAAACUACGGACGCAAAAUAACAUUCCAGAAAAUAUGGACUUAAGGGAAAAGAACACCCAUAAUUCUUAAUAAAACUGCGUUUCGCACUUUGGUAUGUUA